GGAGAAUACUUAUGAUGACAACAAGAUGGUCUUAUGAAGGGAUCUGAAGUCUCUCAUUCUACAUCCCUGUUUCACUUGGAUGAGCAGGGUUUCUGGGUAUCAUUCUUAAAGUUUUGGUUUCCUGCAAGUUUCUUUUCUUACUAAGAUACUUCUUCAAGGGCAUUUCUUUGUAACUACCAGAGUUCAUAGACAACUUGAAGCAGACAUCCCAAUUCUGUGAACAUCAAUUUGGACAUAAAUUCCAGGUUUGGUAACUACUGAGCCUAUGGAAAAGAAAGAAAGAGAACGCCUCGGACUUUAGGACCCAGAGGAGGCGGCGCGAGCGUCCCACCCGGGUUUACUCGGCGGCCGAGUGACGCCGAGGAGCAGCCCCGGCUCCGCUCACCCACAGCCCCCUCCCACCUCUCCUGCUCCUUUUCUCCCUUUCUCCUCCCCCGUUCUCCCUUUCCCUCCCUCUUUCCCUCCCUCCCUCCCUCUCCCUUCCUCUUUCCCCUCCCUUUCCUUCUCCCUCUCCUCUCUCUCAGCUUCCCAACAUUAAAGAGAAAAUGCUGCUAUCAGUGACUUCCAGGCCUGGGAUUUCGACUUUUGGCUAUAACAAGAACAACAAAAAGCCAUAUGUGUCACUAUCGCAGCAGAUGGCACCACCUAGUCCAAGCAGCAGCACCCCCAACAGCAGCAGUGGGGGCAGUGGGAAUGACCAGCUGAGCAAAACCAACCUGUACAUCCGCGGAUUGCAGCCGGGCACGACUGACCAGGACCUUGUCAAGCUGUGUCAGCCAUAUGGCAAGAUUGUCUCCACUAAGGCCAUACUGGACAAGACCACAAAUAAAUGCAAAGGCUAUGGCUUUGUGGACUUUGACAGCCCUUCAGCAGCACAGAAGGCUGUAACAGCACUGAAAGCCAGUGGUGUGCAGGCACAGAUGGCAAAGCAACAAGAACAGGACCCUACAAAUUUAUAUAUCUCAAACCUCCCACUGUCCAUGGAUGAGCAAGAACUGGAGGGGAUGCUGAAGCCCUUUGGCCAGGUUAUCUCCACUCGGAUCCUUCGAGAUACCAAUGGGACCAGCAGAGGAGUUGGCUUUGCAAGGAUGGAGUCCACAGAGAAGUGCGAAGCCAUCAUCACCCAAUUUAAUGGGAAAUACAUUAAAACGCCCCCCGGGGUACCAGCCCCAUCCGAUCCCUUGCUCUGCAAAUUUGCUGAUGGUGGGCCAAAGAAACGACAGAACCAAGGAAAGUUUGUGCAGAACGGACGUGCCUGGCCGAGGAACGGAGACAUGGGUGGUAUGGCCUUAACGUAUGACCCCGCCUCAGCUCUUCAGAAUGGGUUCUAUCCAGCCCCUUAUAACAUCACCUCCAGCAGGGUGCUUGCCCAGUCUGCACUCUCCCCUUACCUUCCAUCUCCAGUGUCUUCAUAUCAGUGUCUCACUAUGCAGUUCAGUCUGAACUUGAGCUCACUAUGUAGCCCAGGCUGGCCUCAAACUCCCAGAAAUCCUCCUGCCUCAGCCUCCCCAGUGCUGGGAUUACAGAGAGUGACUCAGGCAUCUCCUCUGCAAGUACCUAACCCAUCCUGGAUGCACCACCAGUCAUACCUCAUGCCACCUUCCGGCUCCGUUCUGACACCAGGGAUGGAUCACCCCAUUUCUCUCCAACCAGCCUCCAUGAUGGGACCCCUGACCCAGCAACUAGGCCACCUCUCACUCAGCAGCACGGGCACGUAUAUGCCGACACCUGCAGCUAUGCAUGGAGCUUACAUCUCCCAGUAUGCACCUCUGCCUUCUUCCAGUGUUUCUGUUGAGGAGAACAGCGGUCCGCAGAAUCAGGUGGCAGUGGAGACGCCCUCAGAGCCUGGAGUCUAUUCUUUCCAGUUCAGCAAGUAACAGCGCUGAGCCUGCCUGCUUACUUUUUCACAGUUUUUAUUUUUGUGAAUUUUUUUGAAUGAAAUUUCAUUUGGAAUUUGGGGGUAGUGCUGGGCAAGGAGCAAGGCCAAACACUGAGCAGCAACAGAAGUGGCUUUUCCUCUGCGCUGAGGAUAGCUGCGGGAAGCAGAGCCGCUGCAAGGUCCAUUUCAGAGAGGACUCCACAGCCUUCGGAAGUCACCUUUGAAUCAAAUGUGGCUGAAGACUAAGUGUUUUUCAAUAAGUUGCAGUUGGAUUUACUGACCUCUUGCUCUUACUGCUGUGAGGCCAGCGUCCUCUGUGGAAGUUGCGGCCUUUGGGUCCCUGCUUUGCAGUCUCCACUUACCCUGUGGCGAUGGCCCUUCUCCCCCUGCUAUUUGGGCUCCACUUGGCACAGGGCCUGUGCCGCUGUGGCCUGGCCAAGUUCACUCAGGCUCUGUCCAGACUACAAGACUAUGGACCAGUGGUUCUUGGCCAGUGGUGGUUUUGUUCCCCAGGGCCUGGGGUUGAUAGCUGGUGACAUUUCUGAUGGCCAUGCCUCGGGGUGGUGUGUAUGUGUUAUAGGCAUCAGCAUCUAUUUGCUAGACCUAGCACACCGAUGACACCCCUCAGUGCACAAGACACCCUGUAUCCCAUCAAGAAUUCUGGCCUAACAUGUCAGCAGUGCCAAGGUGGAAAAGCUGUGAUGCAGACAGCUUUCUGGGAUGGGGUCAGUUCCCAUCCCGGCCCUGGACACAGCACCUUUUGACACUCAGUGCAACUGGUUGGGUGGGUAGGGAUCCCGGGAUCCUAGAAUUUUCCCAGACUUUGACCUUUGAUGCUGUCCUGGUGGAGCUGGAUGCUCUUGUUAAUGUAGCAGGUACACACACAUUUCUCUGUGGCUGAGACGGGAAUUGUUUGUGUGCUGCACAGGAUAGGAAAGGACAGAGUUCUCUAAUGGCAGAGUGACUGUCCUGCCCUGGCAUAUUUGGACCCCUUCCCUGGUGAAACAGGACCUCAGAAAUCAUUUUCUUUAGCUGGCUGUGUUGGUGUAUGCCUAUAAUCCCAGCAUUUGGGAGGCUGAGGCAAGAAGAUUGCAAAUGCAUGGCCAGCCUGGGCUACAUGGUAAGAUCUAUCUUGUCCCAAAGAAAACCAAAGAGAGAAUUUUCCUUUUUCUGAAGGACAGCAGUGAGCUAUGAUAAAAAAGCAUUGUAUAUCCCAUCUCACAGUGUACAAGGCCAGAGACUUUUAGACGCCCUCUGUCUCAUUCCAUAGCUGUCCUCUCUAAGAUCUGACUGCACUGGAGACAGGAUGAAGAAAACUUGUGACCACCUACUAGAACAGGAGAUGAUCCUGCUGCUGUCUCCUCUCAACAAAGAAUCUGCUCCCUUGGAGCUAGGUUCAUCUCCCCAGAAACUGCCACAGCGGGAUAAGCUGGUGGCCGAGGGGAACAGCAGAGCUGAGGCCAGCUUGGGGGAAGUAGAGGGCAGAGGGGAGGGCGGCUGUGGCACACAGAUUUUCCUCCCACCCCCGAGUUUAGAGUCCCUGUCCUCCUCCUUUUCCUGUUUGUCCUUUUAUAUACAUCCUUGGGAUAAAGGAGUGGGAUUGAGGCAAUGAAUAGGACUGAAAAACUAAGAAACAAAAUUGCCCAUUUUUCUAUUGGUGCUUCCAACUUCAGGAAAAGCUUGUCCAGGAUAAAAGCCCCACUCUCAGUACCCCUCUGGGGUUUGGCUAGACAAAUAGUGCUUGUUUUGGAGUUUCUUAACCGUCAGUGAAGGGCAGUAUACCACAGCUACUUUCUUGUCAAUAGCCUUUGUUUGUAACAGGGUCUUAUUCUGUAGCCCAGGCUGGCUUCAAAUUUAAGAUGAUCCUCCUGCCUCAGCCUCUGAAUGCUGUGAUAACAGUGUACACCAUCACUCUCAGCUGUCAGUGGCCUUAAAGAGAGAAAACCCAGAGUUGUAUUCAUUCAACUAGGGGAUGGGGUGCUGCCGCUAGGUCUCAUUGGGACACCUUUCCUGAUGGAAAUCAUUGUCACUGCUGCCCUUCCUCUGCCUCCCAGAACUUUUUUUUUAAAAUCUAAAAAAGGUUCUAAUUUUUUUUUCUGGUUGUUUUAAACUUCGAAGUUACCUUUUGAGAGUCUUAUCUGACUCUACUUGUUAGAUUCUAUUAAUGAUUAUUCUGACCUGGGCAGGUUCAGAUGUGGGAAGUAAUCAGGAGCCUGCAGUUAUUUUUGAAUGGUUAGUGGCCCAGAGGAGUCACUUUUAGGUGCUUUCUGGUGGAAGAACAGUCCUGCUUUCCCGUUAGUCCCUUUCUCUUAGUGGGGAGUGACUGGGAAGAGAAGGACAUGCUAAGGCAUCGCUCCCUGUGUGAAACGGUGGUGUGGGCAGCACUUCUGAGUCCUGCCUCUGCUCUCACCCCAAUCAUUACAGAAGCUUCCCUGUCACUGUGUGAGGUACUGAGGACUAAGCCCAGGGCCUCUGCUGCAUCCCUAGCCUCUUUUCAUUUUGAGUUAGGUUCUUACUAAGUCACUAAGUUGCCCAGUCUUGGCUCUAACUUGUGAUCCUCCUUCCUGUUUCCCAAGUGCUGGUAUCACAAGUGGGUGCCAUUGAGCCUGGCUGAAACUUGUAACAGUCUUAUUAUAGCUUUCAAAUACCGUAGAGCACAGCAGAGUCCCUUCCUCAGCUGCCAAGCACUUUUCUAGGCACAGAGCCUGCGAGCCCCGUCUCAUGCUAGUGUUGACUGCAGGGACAGAAGAAUGAUGCAGGUAGAGGUUGAGAUUUGGGAAGAAUGAUGGGAAGGGAUUUUUUUUUUUUUUUUUUUUUUUUUGCGGGGGUGGUAUUUUGAGACAGGAUCUCACCAUGCAGUUCAGGCUGGCUUUGGGCGCACUUUGUAGCCCAGGCUGGUCUUGAACUUGCAAUACUUCUGCCUCAGCCUCCUGAGUACUGGGAUGAUAGCAGUACACCACCACGUCUGGCUGGGAAGGGGUUUUUAAAAAAAGGCUUUUCAACCAAAGAAUUUGAAGAGCUGCCCAGCCUGAGGAUCUGGCUCUGAAGAGAGAAUAAACUUGUCAUAGCUGGGGUGGCAGGACAGUUCAUGUGCUGAGAUCAGACAGAUUUUGCUGCUCCACAGGCUCUCUGGUCAGCACUGUAGCCUGCUCCAUCCUGUCCCUUUCUGACUUGCUCACUAGUGAGUCUGUCACCCCAUGCCUGUCUCAGGGGUCACUUUGUGCUCCUGUGCAGACAUUGCUGUCACUGUCCACAGCCCUGGCAGGGAUCCCCCAGUGCUUCUGAGUCUUAGAAAAGGACCCACUGCUGUUCUUACAGAUACCCCUCCUUCUGGGAAAGUGGCAGCACCACACUCCCGGGGGCUGUUUUGCCUUAACUAGGAGCAGUCCACGCAGAUGGGUAGUCUAGCCCACACUUGCUCCAGUCUCUUCCAGUCCUCCUGGGUCAGUGGCAUCCACUGAUGCCCAAAAGGAGGAUGGGUGAUAAAAAGCCAGUCUGCAGAGGUGGAGCUUAAAUCUUGUGCCUUGUUACGCUGGUUUUACACCAAUUAUUCCAUUUCUAUGCAACACACUUUUUGGUUCAAGCAUUAGACUCCUGAAGGUCAGUGGGGUUUUCUGCUGCCUUUUAUAUAGCCUUCCCUCAGCAGCAAAGAACAACUGUCUUUAUGAGACUCCUGAAGGGGUGAGAAGUUUAUCACCACUCCCACUGCUUUUUCCUGGCCUGUCCGCUUGGCUUGAAGAGGCCUUCACUGUCCAAACAGAACUCCAAGCUCCUUUGUCCUUGUUAUUUUAUCUACCUCACAGUUCUACAACAAGGGCACAAGUGCCUGACUUUACUGGCUUUCUCUUCGUUAGUAAGCUAGAAAGGCCUCAUGAACAAAUGCAAACUCUGGAUAUUUCUACUUCUGCAACGUCUUGUCUAAGAUUUUGGCUCACUAAGCACCCUAGAAUAGUGUAAGUUUCAUUGAUAGGUCCUAAAAGGGCAGGAUGCAGUGACCAAGGAGUCACUGCAUGGCUGGGAGUCUCCCUACCACAAGAGAACGGCUCAGUGGCCACCACAUGGCUGAAAGGGUAACCAGAUACCAAAGUUUGUGACAUUUACAGGGCUAGAAGAUGUUCCCUUGUCCACCCUAAGGUCCAGGUAGUUUAUGGUGUUCAGGAGACGAAGAUCCAAAGCUGGAGGGUGGUAACUUUCCCAGCCUGAGUAAAUUGAAGUCUCUGCCCCAUUCCUGCAGUUCUGAAUCCCCAAGAUGGCUGGGUGGGUGGCUUUUGGGCAGGAACUCUGUUGCAUGCACUUAUCACCUUGGAGAGGAAGUAAGUUUAAUUUAUACUUAAAACAAUUUUGUACAUUUUUUUCCCUCUUUAUCCAGAGAUGUCUAGUUUUAUACUCUUCUGUGUUUAUGCCAAUGCUACCCUUCUAGCUUACUCCUUUUCUGACCCCUGGUCUUCCCACGUUUUUCCCUGUAACUUGGUAGUUUCAUUUUGUUAAUUUUUUUUCUUAAAUAAAACACAAAAGGCUG